UUUGAGACGAUCAUCAAACUUGAAAGACUUUUAAGAGAAGAUGGCGUCCGAUAAAGAGCGCCGUUAACCCAGGACCUGCUGCUGACGUUUAUGUUUGACUUUGGAUGUCAUGUGUUUUUAUGAGUAAAUGAACAGAACAUGGAUGAGACGGAGCGCACGGAGGAACCAGGAGCCUUUCCCUCCAAAACGACUCACCUCCCCGAGCCUCAGAGACCUGAGCGUCCGAGCUGCGAGAGCCUCAGGAGUGACCAGUCUAUGGGGAAUCCUAUAUCGUUUGAGACAGAAACUCCAGACUCUUUUGAGCGUCCGAGCUGCGAGAGCCUCAGGAGUGACCAUUCCAUGGGGAAUCCUAUAUCUUUUGCGACAGAAACAGUGGAGCAGCGGCGUCCAGAGGUCUCCAGUGGUCAACACCAUCAGGCACAGCUGGACUCCAUAUUUAAGCUUCUGGAGGAGGACAUCUUGACUUUUGUCCAGAAGGAGCUGAAGAAGCUCCACAAGGUUCUGAGUACAGAUUACCCAGAAUGCUUAGAGCCAGAGGAGGAUGAAGAGCAGAGGAGCAGCAGUGAGGCUGUUCUGAAGAUCACACUGAACUUCCUGAGGAGGAUGAAGCAGAAGGAGCUGGCUGAACGUCUGAGGAGCAGGAGUUAUUCUCAAGUUUAUCAUCGUAAACUGAAGUCUAACCUGCAGCAGAAGUUUGAGUGUGUGUUUGAGGGCAUCGCUAAAGCAGGAAACCCCACCCUUCUGAAUCAGAUCUACACAGAGCUCUACAUCGCAGAGGGAGGGUCUUCAGAGGUCAACCAGGAACAUGAGGUCAGACACAUGGAAACAGCCUCCAGGAAACCAGACCCAGCAGAGACACCCAUCACAUGUGAAGACAUGUUUAAAGGCCCAGCUCACACACAUGGACCAAUCAGAACAGUGCUGACAAAGGGAGUGGCUGGCAUCGGGAAAACAGUGCUCACUCAGAAGUUCAGUCUGGACUGGGCUGAAGGCAAAGCCAACCAGGACAUACAGCUGCUGUUCCCGUUCACUUUCAGAGCACUCAAUGUGCUGAAGGAGAGAAGCUUCAGCUUGGUGACACUUGUUCAUCACUUCUUUAGUCAAACACAAACAGAACUCUGCAGCUUUGAAGACCUCCAGGUGCUCUUCAUCUUUGAUGGUCUGGACGAGUGCAGACUUCCUCUGGACUUCACCAAAACCAAGGCCCUGACCGACCCCACAGAGUCCACCUCACUGCACGUGCUGCUGGUAAACCUCAUCAGGGGGAGCCUGCUUCCCUCCGCUCGCCUCUGGAUAACCACACGACCUGCAGCGGCCAAUCAGAUCCCUGCUGAGUGCGUCUCCAUGGUGACGGAGGUCAGAGGGUUCACUGACCCACAGAAGGAGCAGUACUUCAGGAAGAGGUUCAGAGACGAGGCCGACACAAUCAUCUCCCACAUCAAGACGUCCAGAAACCUCCACAUCAUGUGCUACAUGCCAAUCUUCUGCUGGAUCGCUGCCACAGUCCUGGAGUAUUUGUUGAAAAGCAGAGAGAGAGAAGAGCUGCCCAAGACCCUGACUCAAAUGUAUAUCCACUUCCUGGUGGUUCAGGCCAAAGUCAAGAACAUCAAGUAUGAAGAAGGAUCUCAGACAGACCCACACUGGAGUCUAGAGACCAGGAAGAUGGUGGAGUCUCUGGGAAAACUGGCCUUUGAGCAGCUGCAGAAAGGAAACCUGAUCUUCUACGAGUGUGACCUGAGCGAGUGUGGACUGGACGCUGCAGCGGCCUCAGUGUACUCUGGAGUGUUCACACAGGUCUUUAGAGAGGAGCCAGGCCUGUACCAGGACAAGGUCUACUGCUUCAUCCAUCUGAGUGUGCAGGAGUUUCUGGCUGCUCUUCAUGUGCAUCUGACCUUCAUCAACACUGGGAUCAACCUGCUCUCACCAAAAACACAGAAAUCCACAAAGUUCAGUCUGAAAAGAAAACUAAAGCAUCUUCAUCACACAGCUGUGGACCAGGCCUUACAGAGUCCAAAUGGACACCUGGACCUGCUCCUCCGCUUCCUCCUGGGUCUUUCACUGUCGACCAAUCAGAGCCUUCUAAAAGGUCUACUGACACAGACAGAAAGUAGCUCCCAGACCAAUCAGAAAACAGCUGAGUACAUCAAGAAGAAGUUGAGUGAGGAUGUGUCUGCAGAGAGGAGCAUCAACCUGCUCCACUGUCUGAAUGAACUGAAUGACCGUUCUCUGGUGGAGCAGAUCCAACAGUACCUGAGUUCAGGACUUCUGUCUGAAGGUGGACUGUCUCCUGCUCAGUGGUCAGCUCUGGCCUUCAUCUUACUGUCAUCAGAAGAAGAUCUGGACCAGUUUGAGCUGAAGAAAUACUGUGCUUCAGAGGAGGCUCUCCUGAGGCUGCUGCCAGUGGUCAAGGCCUCCAACAAAGCUCUACUGACCCACUGUGACCUGUCAGAGAGAAGCUGUGAAGCUCUGUCCUCAGUCCUCAGCUCCCAGUCCUCUAGUCUGAGAGUCCUGGAUCUCAGUCACAAUGACUUGAAGGACUCAGGGCUGAAGAUGUUGUCUGUAGGACUGAAGAGUCCUCACUGUAAACUGGAACAGCUCAGACUGACCCACUGUGACCUGUCACAGAGAAGCUGUGAAGUUCUGUCCUCAGUCCUCAGCUCCCAGUCCUCUAGUCUGAGAGUCCUGGAUCUCAGUCGCAACGACUUGAAGGACUCAGGGCUGGAGAUGUUGUCUGUUGGACUGAAGAGUCCUCACUGUAAACUGGAACGGCUCAGUUUAUCACAUGGUCUGAUCUCAGAGGAAGGUUGUGCUUCUCUGGCCUCAGCUCUGAGGUCCAGUCCCUCCCAUCUGAGAGAACUGGACCUUAGCUACAACCAUCCAGGAGACACAGGAGUAAAGCUCCUGUCUGCUCUUCAGGAGGACCCCCACUGCACACUGGACACUCUCAGAUUGAAGCCAGCUGGAGCCUGGUGCAUCAGCCCAGGACCUAAGAGGCAUUUCUGUGAUCUCACUCUGGAUCCAAACACAGCUCACAGAAACCUCAAACUGUCUGACAACAACAAGAAGGUGACACGUGUGACAGAGGAGCAGCCGUAUCCAGAUCAUCAGGACAGAUUUGAGACCUGGCCUCAGAUUCUGUGUUCCACUGGUCUGACCGGUCGCUGUUACUGGGAGGUCCAGUGGAGUGGAUGUGUGGACAUUUCAGUUUCCUACAGAGGAAUCCUAAGGAAAGGACGCUGUAACGAGAGUUUGUUUGGACUGAAUGAUCAGUCCUGGAGUCUGCAGUGUUCUAAAGAUGGUUUCUCUGUUUUUCAUGAGAACAAAGAAACCCGCUUCUCCAGCUUCAGGACCUCCUCUUCUGGGACAGUCUCAGUGUUUGUGGACUGUCCUGCUGGCUCUCUGUCCUUCUACACAGUCUCCUCUGACCAACUGACCCACAUCUACACCUUCAACACCACCUUCACUCAUCCUCUGCUCCCUGGGUUUACUCUCUGUUCUUCUGGCUCGUCUGUUUCUCUGUGCACUCCGUCGGACUGAAGGGGACUUUAAGGUUCUAAAUUACACAAAAUGGACUCUUGUAGCUUUACGUCGUGUUCUAACGCUGUGUCCUCCUCAAAAACAGACCAGAACUUGUGUCUGUUUCAAGUUAACAGCUCCUUUUACCUUUAGUUCUGUAGAGACUGACAAUUCCAGAUUCACUGAAAUGCUCCAAAUGAUGAUCCUAGUGGAGGUGAAGUUUAAAAACACAGUGGAGCGUUUUCAGUUUGAGAGAACCACAU